CCCCAAUGAGAGCCUUCUUAUUUUUACUCUCAGAAAACUAGAAGAAAAAGUUAGCAACAAUGGCGAUCCACGCCGCUACCGCCAGGUCUGUCCUUCGUUCUGCUUCCUCUUCCUUCCGAAGAUCAGCAGCGAGGGCCUUUCCUCAAGCAAAACCUAAGUCUUCUCCUUCUGCUUCCUCUUUCUUUUCACAGCAAAAACCUCUCUCGCAACGCAUUUUCAGGUCUCCUGUUGAAAUGAGUUGUUGCGUGGAUUCACUGAUGCCGUUUCAUUCUGCGAAUUCGUCUUCUUUAUUAAUUUCGAAGCUCGGUGUCUCUAAUCAACCCUACUUUUGGCUUCUUCAAGCUUGCAAAGAUGACUUAUGAAAUGAGAUCAACCGAAGGCAUGUACUGAUUUAUUGUGUUCACAGCUUGCAAUGAUGAUGUAUGAUGACUGAAGUUGUAUGCACUAAAUACCAACCCAUUCUGAUACCGUUUUGCAGCAAGUUUUCGUUAGAAAUAAUUGGCCCCAAUGAAGUUAUAGAUUAUUUGUUAUAUUAGGUUUGAAUCUGUACACGAACUUCUCUAUUCACUGUUAAUUUUUCUCAGAGAUUUCUUUUCCAUUUUCCCGAUUUUGAGCUGCCUUGUAAAGAAUGCAAUCAGAGUUCGGAUAAUCAAGACCUGGGCUCUGUAUUUAAUUCAUCAUUUACUCUCUCGCUUCAUUUUAACCAUAUCA